GUCCUUGGCAUCGAGGAUACAUUGCCUUGCAAUCUUUCAAUAUCUAUAUAUCCGAAUAGCAUGGAAGAUCCCAAGACGGAUUCUCAGGGCAUUCCUGAAAAGAUCGAAACACUAGGCACUCAGCAAGCCAAGGACAUUUUACCACCGUCACCACCGCCCACGGAUGGUAGCGUUUCUGACGCGGACGAUGAAAAUGUGGAGAUACCACUUCCACCCCCAACUACUAUACCGACCCAAACGUUAGAUGUUGAUCUGAAGACGCCGGAUAGCCAUGUGCCGCGAGAUCCCAGGUUAAUCAGGCUGACUGGCGUUCAUCCUUUCAACGUCGAGGCACCUCUUACCGCGCUCUUCAACGAAGGCUUUCUCACGAGUCCCGAACUAUUCUACGUCCGAAAUCAUGGUGCGGUACCGCAGGUCCAGGACCAAGAUAUCAUCGAUUGGGAGUUCACGGUGGAAGGCCUUGUUGAAAAGCCGAUCACGAUAUCCUUGAAGCAAUUGAUGACGGAAUACGAGCAAGUCACAUAUCCAAUAACAUUGGUAUGCGCCGGUAAUAGGCGGAAAGAGCAAAAUAUGGUCAGAAAGAGUAAAGGGUUUUCUUGGGGCGCAGCAGGUCUAUCAACAGCACUUUUCACUGGUGUUAUAAUGUCCGAGGUGAUCAAGAGAGCGAAACCCAAGAGAAAAGCGAAGUACGUCUGCAUGGAAGGUGCGGACAAGUUACCCAAUGGAUAUUAUGGCACGUCCGUCAAGUUGAAUUGGGUGAUGGACCCGAAUCGUGGUUUCAUGCUCGCCUACAAGAUGAACGGAGAGACUCUGCGGCCUGACCAUGGAAAGCCCUUGCGUGCAGUCAUCCCAGGGCAGAUUGGUGGUCGAUCUGUCAAGUGGCUGAAGAAGCUCAUCCUUACUGAAGCACCCAGCGACAAUUGGUAUCACAUAUACGAUAAUCGAGUGCUGCCAACCAUGGUAUCACCAGAGGAGUCUGCGAAUAACCCGAAGUGGUGGACAGAUGACAGAUACGCCAUCUACGACCUAAGUCCCAAUUCUGCCAUUUGCUAUCCGCAGCACGAAGAGCAGCUCUGCCUCACCGGCGCCACGAGUACCUACUGCGCCAAGGGAUAUGCAUACAGCGGAGGUGGACGACGCAUAACACGUGUCGAAGUCACACUCGACAAAGGCAAGACUUGGCGCUUAGCCGGUAUUACAUAUGCCGAAGAUCGAUAUCGUGAGGUAGAAAGGGACCUAUUCGGUGGCAAGAUCGACAUGUCAUGGCGAGAGACGUGCUUUUGCUGGUGCUUCUGGUCAAUAGACCUGCCAACAUCAGAGAUUGCUGCGGCCAAAGAUAUCUUUGUUAGAGCGAUGGACGAAAGUAUGAAUGUCCAGCCUCGAGAUAUGUACUGGUCUGUGUUGGGCAUGAUGAACAAUCCGUGGUUUCGAGUCACGAUAACACUGGAAGGAGACUAUCUGCGGUUCGAGCAUCCCACACAGCCUGCUCUCAUGCCAGGUGGCUGGAUGGAAAGAGUGAAGAAAGCCGGCGGUAACCUUGCCAAUGGGUUUUGGGGAGAAAAGCUCGAAGGCGAGGAACAAGUCGUAUCCAGUGAUGAGCAAGCUGGGGAGGUUCCAAUGGUCAAAGAAGGCUUGAAGAAUCCCAUCACGAUCGAUGAGCUUCGAAAACAUGACGACGAAAAGGCCCCCUGGUUUGUGGUCAAGGGCGAAGUUUAUGAUGGUACUGCUUUCCUCGACGAACACCCUGGCGGCGCUCAAAGCAUCAUCUCAGCAGCAGGACUGGACAGCACCGACGAGUUUAUGGCAAUCCACAGCGAAACAGCAAAAGCCAUGAUGCCCAAGUACCACGUCGGCUCCUUGGACGACGCGGCCAAGACUGCUCUGACUGUGGGAGAGACAGAACCUGACCAAAACGCCAGUCCUGCAGAGACAUUCCUCAAUUCCAAGGCCUGGAAGAAAGCUGUCCUCCACGGCAAAAAGAUCGUCUCUUGGGAUACUCGAAUCUUCACAUACAAAUUGGAGCAUCCGACACAGCGUCUUGGCCUGCCUGUUGGACAACAUCUAAUGGUCAGACUCAGAGACCCUGUGACUCGCGAAGCCGUGAUACGCAGUUACACGCCAAUAUCCGAGAUCGACGAUCAAGGUUAUAUGGAGAUGCUUGUCAAGGUAUACUUCGCCAAUGCCUCGGGCAAAGGAGGGAAAAUGUCUCUGGCUAUGGAUGCUCUUCCCAUUGGCCACUUUAUCGAGAUGAAAGGGCCUAUCGGCAAGUUUGAAUAUGUAGGAAACGGUAAGUGCUUGAUUCAAGGCAAAGAGAAAUUUGUGCGGACAUUUAUCAUGAUAUGUGGUGGGAGUGGUAUCACGCCGAUCUACCAGGUCUUCCGGGCAGUUAUCCGGAAUCCCGAGGACAAAACGAAGUGCAUCAUCUUUGAUGGGAAUCGUCUGUUUGAGGAUAUUCUCUGCAAAGAAGAACUUGACGCCCUGGCUACAGACAAUGGGCACCGAUGUACGAUCCUCCACACCUUGACUAGGGCUCCAGACGACUGGGCAGGCCUUCGAGGUCGUAUCACUGGGGAACUGGUCCGGAGUAAUUCCUCGAGGACAGAUGAUGCAUUGGCACUGAUAUGUGGUCCUGAAGCGAUGGAGAAGACCAUGCACAAGGCUCUACUGCAGCAAGGCUGGACCGACGACCAAUUGAUGUUCUUUUGAUGAGUAUUUGGAAACUGUUGACGAAGGUAAUGAAGACUAAAAUGGGCAUGAUUUGGUGCAUGGCAAGGCAUCGAUUUUCAGCCUUCGGGUAUUUGUUGACCAGAGAUAGCCUUCGUUUCAGCUAUAUGGCCCUGUCAUUUUGGUUAUUCAGUACGAGCUAUGAUGUACCAUCUCCUUGGAGACACGAUGAGAUGG